GAUUUAUAGAGAUAGUGCAGCCUUAUUAUUAGCAGAGCCGGUGGUCCUGAAUGUGUGAAGAGGAUGUUACAUAUAGUCGAUGCAGGAGACACUCCUCUUCAUCAUGCAGCGAGAGGUGAGCACGGGGACGUGCUAAGGUUUCUGCUGGCUUCUGGGGCCUCACCAAGAACGGCAAACUCCUUUGGCAAGAUUUUCCCGAGAAACAAACAGAGCUCGGGUUAUCUUUCACCGAUCAAGAGAGAAGAAGCUGUUCUCCUGGCAUGGCGGUUGCUCCGGCAAGAGCUCGUACUGACUAUGAUUACCUCAUCAAGCUCCUUCUCAUCGGCGACAGCGGUGUUGGAAAGAGUUGCUUGCUUCUGCGUUUCUCGGAUGAUACUUUCACCACAAGCUUCAUUACUACCAUUGGGUAUAAUCGAUUUCAAGAUAAGAACUGUUGAACUUGACGGGAAGCGUAUCAAAUUGCAGAUUUGGGAUACUGCAGGACAAGAACGCUUUAGAACUAUCACUACAGCAUAUUACAGAGGAGCCAUGGGUAUACUGCUUGUCUAUGAUGUGACAGACGAGUCGUCCUUCAACAACAUUAGGAACUGGAUGAAGAACAUUGAGCAGCAUGCAUCAGAUAAUGUCGACAAAAUAUUGGUUGGUAACAAAGCCGAUAUGGAUGAAAGCAAAAGGGCUGUCCCUACAGCAAAGGGUCAAGCAUUAGCUGAUGAGUAUGGAAUCAAAUUCUUUGAGACGAGUGCAAAAACGAACCUCAAUGUUGAGCAGGUUUUCCUUUCUAUCGCAAGAGACAUAAAACAGAGACUGACUGAAACCAAUUCAAAACAAGAGACCCAGGCCUCGUCUUCAACAACCAUCAAGAUCACUAAACAGGAUGGUGCUAAUGCAUCUUCUUCAUCAACCGAGAAAUCAGCUUGCUGUAGUUACAUUUAGAAGUAUCUUUGCUCUUUUGCCUGGGUUUGGUUCUUAAUCUCUUACCGUCUUUGCUCCUUUCAUCGUGCCAAGUUCAUCCAAUGUUCUUAUACUGUUGUUACCUUGUACGUGUAUGAUAUGCCAUUGAUCACUGUGAUUUUAUUAACCGUGUUGUCAAGACUUGUGUUCUACUUGUUUAUCGGGUUUGUACAAUGCUCUUCCAGGAAUUGGGAGACAAUUUGGUGAAAACUAUGAUCAUUUCAA